UUCAGACCUUUCCGUUUUGCACUGGCGAUGAUUUUUGCAAUCGAAGAAAUAAAUAACAAUACAGCUUUACUUCCUGGUGUCACACUGGGAUACCGCAUAUACGAUUCCUGUACGUUGACCCCGUUUUCGGUAAAAGCAGCCAUGGCGUUUCUGAACAAACUUGAGGCAACUGCGUCCUCUGCUAACUGUAAAAGCUCCUCCACUGUUUCUGCGAUUGUUGCUGAUGCUGGAUCCACGCAGUCUUUAGCAAUAGCACCUUCCAUCGGUACCUUCAGAAUCCCUAUGGUUAGUUAUUUUUCUACGUGCGCCUGCCUGAGCAAUAGAAAGGAAUAUCCGUCAUUUUUUCGAACAAUACCGAGUGAUUACUAUCAGGCUAGAGCAUUAGCCCAGCUGGUGAAACAUUUUGGAUGGACCUGGAUCGGGACAGUUAAGAGCGACAAUGACUACGGAAACUUUGGAAUGCAAGCCUUUGAAGAGGCAGUCCAACAAUUAGGUGUUUGUAUUGCAUUUUCCGAGUCGUUUCAUAUAGCAGACGCUCGAGAGAAAUUACUGAAAACAAUUGACACCAUCAAAACCUCUUCUACAAAAGUUGUCGUUGCGUUUGUCGGUGACACAAACAUGCGUGCUCUGCUAACAGAAAUGAUUAGACAAAAUGUCAGCGGCAUACAAUGGAUUGGAAGCGAAUCAUGGGUUUCCACGUUGCUUCUUCCUCCGAAGGAAAGUAAAAAGAUUGCUUCUGGUGCAAUUGGAGUUGCAAUUCGCAAAGUCAGAAUACCAGGAUUGAGGGAGUUCUUGAUGAAAGUUCAUCCAUCCCUGUAUCCAGGGAACCCCUUGGUGAAAAAGUUUUGGGAAAGUUGUUUCGGCUGCACUCUAGGUGGUGGGAACAAAACGGAUUCUCGAAAAAACGAAUCCGGUCUUAAGAAAUGCACAGGGAGAGAAAAUCUACAGAAUGUACGAAACGAAUUUACUGAAGUGUUGGAGUACAGAGUCACUUACAACGUGUACAAAGCAACUUAUGCUAUAGUUCAUGCACUUCACAAUAUGGCAUCGUGUAAAGCUGGCGAAGGACCUUUCUCCAAUGGGAGCUGUGCAAAUGUUUCACAUUUUCAAGCAUGGCAGUUACUGUAUUACAUGAGAACAGUGAAUUUCAUAACCAAGAUCGGCGAAAAGGUUGAUUUUGAUGAAAACGGAGACCCUGUCCCGUCAUAUGACAUUGUAAACUGGCAACCAAAUGCCCUCGGUGCUCUUGAUAUUGUAAAUGUUGGGCACUAUGAUGGGUCAGCUCGUGCUGGAGAGGAAUUUUCGAUAACAGACGAGGCAAUUGUUUGGAGUGGCAAUCAGAAGUCGGUCCCUAAAGCUGUUUGUUCUGAAAGCUGCCAUCAAGGAACAAGGAAAGCAGGAAGAAAAGGGCAACCCAUUUGUUGUUUUGAUUGCAUACAAUGUGCGCAAGGUGAAAUAAGUAACAUGACUGAUUCCGUUCAUUGCAUAAAAUGUCCACUGGAAUUCAAAUCAAAUGAAAGACAGGAUCAGUGUGUUCCCAAGGAAAUUGAGUUUCUUUCCUUUUUCGAGACGUUGGGAAUCAUUCUGGUGAUACUGGCAUUGUUGGGAGCCUGCACCACCAUCGGCACAUUUGCAAUAUUCUACAUCUACCGACACACUCCGAUUGUUAAAGCUAAUAACUCUGAGUUAAGCUUCCUUCUUCUUUUUGCCCUGACACUUUGUUUUCUGUCUUCAAUUACAUUCAUCGGUGAACCUUCAGUUUGGUCUUGUAUGCUCUGCCAUGUAGCAUUUGGUAUUAGUUUUGUUCUUUGCAUUUCUUGUGUAUUGAGUAAAACAAUUGUUGUGGUGAUGGCAUUCAAAGCAACAUUUCCCAGCAAUAAUAUGAUGAAGUGGUUUGGACCAAGACAACAACGGCUGAUGGUUUACAUCCUCACACUGGUACAAUGUGUAAUAUGUACUGCCUGGUUAAUUGCAUUUCCACCUUAUCCAUUGAAAAACACUAGUCACUCUAAUGAGAUAAUCGUGUUUGAAUGUAAUGUAGGUUCUUCGUUAGCCUUCUAUUGUGUGCUCGGUUAUAUUGGAUUUCUAUCCUGCGUGUGUUUUGUGGUAGCUUUUAUUGCUCGACAACUUCCAGAUAACUUCAAUGAAGCUAAACACAUAACGUUUAGCAUGCUUAUCUUUUGCGCAGUUUGGAUAACUUUCAUUCCAGCGUACAUAAGUUCGCCAGGGAAAUAUGCUGUGGCGGUUGAAGUAUUUGCUAUAUUGGCCUCCAGCUUUGGUCUUCUUAUUUGCAUUUUUGCUCCAAAAUGUUAUAUUAUUCUUCUGAAGAAAGAAGACAAUACAAAGAGGAACAUGAUGGGCUCAGUGGCUUCCAAAAACUGUUGA